GUCAAAUUAUAAAAAAAAUUAAAUUACAGUCAUGGAUAACUUUAGUGACUAUAUUAGUAAUAGAAGUGCUGACGAGGACUUGGAUUUUGUGCCAUACUCAGCUCGCCUAGAAACAUACUUAGUGCCAAUAUUAUUUUCAGUAAUUUUUAUUGUUGGCAUCAUUGGAAAUUGGACAGUGUGCAUAAUUUUUAUUAAACAUCCUUCGAUGCGGAAUGUUCCUAACACAUACAUUUUCUCAUUAGCAUUUGGAGAUCUUCUAGUAAUUUUAAUAGCUGUUCCUUGUGCCGGACUAAUUUUCGUAUACGAUAGAUGGCCGUGGGAUGGUGAAAUUGGAGAAAUAAUUUGUCGAGCAAGUGAAUUCGCAAAAGAUGUCUCAAUUGGUGUAUCGAUUUUUACAUUAGUAGCAUUAGCAUUUGACAGAUACACAGGUAUUGUUAACCCGUUGAAGAAAUUGAGAGCCCGAUCUAAGAUGGUCAUUGUCAUUAUUGGAUUUAUUUGGGUAAUGGCAGUAAUAUUCGCAUUGCCUGCAGUCAUCGUAUCAAAAGUAUUAACGUCAAAAAAUAAUCAGAAUGUUAAGUAUUGUUGGCCUUUUGGAGACUAUGGAAAAACUUAUAUCAAGUAUAUAACGGUAAUAAAGGCAUCAAUCUACUACUUCCUGCCACUCUCAAUUAUUGGCAUUUUAUACACACUAAUGGCAAAACAGCUUCAUACAAGUGCACGCGAAGUCCAAACAAUAGCAGGCAAUCAACUCAGAAAUCCACAAGCACAAAAUCGCAGGCACGUGGCUAGAAUGGUGAUUGUAUUUAUUUUGGUCUUCAUAAUCUGCUUCCUUCCCCACUGGAUAUUUCAACUGUGGUUUCAAUUAUCAGAUGAUGCAGAAGAGAACUACAACAUGACAUGGCACAUCUUAAAGAUAGCUGGAUUCAGUUUAUCCUUCAUCAACUCAACUGUGAAUCCCUUAGCACUUUACUUUGUGUCGAGUCUCUUUCGAACUCACUUCCACAACUAUUUGUGCUGUAAAUCAUAUCCCGUCGAACACAACGUGUCAUUUUGUCGAAAUUUCUCAAAAUAUAAGUCACACGAUGUCGUUAAGAAUCCUGUCACAACCAUCAUCGAUGCGACAGAGUAUACGAUUAACUGAGGACGGCUUCCACGAUUUUGUCGUAGAAAGGAUGUUGCGAUUUAAUGAGAUAAGUUUUUAACAAUAAAAAAAGUUUUAUUUUUUGUUCAGAUGCAUACAUAGAUGUAGAUAUAAAGUAAU